CGGGUGCUGCCCCCUCCUCCCAAGUGCACAGUGCCCCUGCCAUGCCUGCGUUUUGCUGCUACUCACAUUUCUUACAUAGGAUCUGAUUGCUAUCUGUAGUGAGAGCAGACAGCAGGCUGUCCAGGACUUAGCCUCCCUCCCCAACAGGGGAAGAAGAUUCACUGCACCAUUCUUACUCAUCAUCAGAGGAAAACAGAAGAGCCCCCAAGGCUCCCGAAACGCUCCUACCCCACAUAGACCUGUCUGGAUCUCCUGGAUCUCCCACUCCACGUAAUCCUGCAUCAUUUCUUCCCCAUAACCCACGAGAGAGGAGGACACCACCAGGGAGGGGCAUCUCAGACCUCUGCAUCAAUCACUAAUGGGGUCAGAAGGACCAAGUCUGAGAAGCACAGAUACUGACAUGUAUUCUGUUUCUUAAACCCCGCAAUACAUUUGGCAUAAUUGUUCUGCCAGGCUUUUCAUGGACAGGUAAUAUCUUGUAAACCCUUCUGCAUAUUCAGAUCCCUUUUUGGCCAAACACACAAAGCCAAAGACUUGAGAAGGAGCUUCUGCUAUGUCGGACAUGGAGGUAGAAAAGAAGGUCCAAAGUGUUUCAAUUGUCCCUACUUUUGGUUACAUGGAUCUUUUGCUGCAGGGUGGGGGCAGAUUUCUUGAUGCAGUGCAAGAAUGCAAAGACUGUGGUUUGAAGUUAUCCUGGGACACGCUGCAGGCACAUGCCAACGUCUCCUGGGCAGAAGUCUUGUGUCUCCUGCUGUGUGCCCUGGCAUGGACUUUAUUUCGAAGGGCAACCACCACAUGGAUCUUCCAGCCUUUUGCUACCUGGUGUCAACUGCAGCCGAAAGAGGCCGAGAAAUUUCCUGAGAGUGCCUGGAAGCUUCUCUUCUACUCAACAUCCUGGUCAUACAGUGUCUACCUCUUGUUCUUCACGGAGUACAACUUCUUUCAAGACCCCUCUUCCGCUUUCUAUGAUUGGAAGCCAGGAGGAGCUGUCCCUAGAAAUAUUGCUUUAGCGUAUCUCAUUCAAGGCAGUUUUUAUGCUCACUCCACGUAUGCCACCUUAUACAUGGAUGCAUGGAGGAAGGACUCAAUUGUCAUGAUUUUGCAUCACCUAGUCACAUUCACACUUAUUACUUUCUCAUAUGCGUUCCGGUACCAUAACAUUGGAAUAUUAGUUCUCUUCCUUCAUGAUGUUAACGACAUCCAAUUAGAAUUCACCAAAAUCAACGUCUACUUCAAGACCAGAGGCGAAAAAUACCACAGAACGAAUGACAUCAUUUCAGAUAUUGGUUGUGUUACAUUCAGUUUUAGUUGGUUCUGGUUCCGACUCUACUGGUUUCCCCAGAAGGUUCUCUUUGCCACUUGUUAUUCAAGUCUUGAGUCCAAUCCUAACAUCCCGUUUUAUUUCUUCUUCAAUAUUUUGCUAUUUGUAUUGACAUUGAUGAACAUUUACUGGUUUCUGUUCAUCAUACUUUUUGUUGGAAAGGUGCUGACGGGGCAAGUUCAGGACGUGAAUGACGUCAGGGAAUACGAUAUUGAUAAUGAUCAGAAAGUGGGUGUCAGAGCUAAUUGCAAGUCUUUGCGGCACAAGAAUACAUUGAGCAAUGGGCAAUCUUUGUCAAAUGGAUUUGUGAAGAAGAAGAAGAGAACAUAAUCUUUGGUGCACACAGAGGUCCCUUCACCAAGAUCUUCAUUCAAGAAUGCCCUUUUUCUCACAACAGCCUAAAGUCUGAGUCAUAGCAAUGCAUAGACCAUAUUCAUUUCUUUAUGAAAUGACUGUGCAUUAAUGACCCUUAAAU